AUUGAAUUCUGUCUUUGUCUGAUUGGCGUUGUGCGUAUUUGUUUACAUAAGCUGGUUCGGUUUCUCUGAGUAAAUAGAUCGAUCGAUCGAUCGAUCUUAAGGAUAUGAAGGAAGAAGAUGGCUGCGUCCCUUACCUCGCUGAUGGUAUCAAACAAAAUUCUAAAGAUCAAAGAUGGCCUCUUCCCGGGGAGCCUAAAUGUGUUGUCUGCUGUCGUUACGGUGAGUACAUUUGUGACCAGACCAAUGAUGACAUCUGCAGUCUCGAGUGUAAGCACACACUUUUGAACGCUCGAGUCUCGUUUCCCGCCACUGAUGAGUGCUUCUAUGUUGGCUCUUCUUCUUCCACCGAUGAUUCUUCUCUACUGCUUAGAAGCAAGCUUGAUAUUCAUGUCCAAGGAGCAGCUGUUCCUCCUCCCGCCCUCUCUUUCACUUCUUGUGGACUUCCUCCUAAGCUUCUUCUUAACUUAGAAACCGCUGGUUAUGACUUUCCCACUCCUAUCCAGAUGCAGGCUAUUCCAGCUGCUUUAAGCGGCACAAGUCUCCUCGCUUCAGCUCACACUGGCUCCGGCAAGACUGCUUCUUUUCUUGUUCCUAUUGUUUCUCGUUGUGCAACUUAUCGCUCUGAGCAUCCCUCACACCCCAGGAACCCCUUGGCUUUGGUUUUGGCUCCAACUAGAGAGCUCUGCGUCCAAGUUGAAGAUCAGGCUAAGAUGCUCGGAAAGGGACUGCCUUUUAAGACUGCACUCGUUGUAGGCGGUGAUCCCAUUUCUGGACAACUCUACCGCAUUCAGCAAGGUGUAGAGUUGAUUAUUGGUACCCCAGGUCGGCUUGUGGACCUUCUAGCAAAGCACACCAUUGAACUAGAGGAUGUUAUGAUGUUUGUGCUGGAUGAGGUUGACUGCAUGCUCCAGAGAGGUUUCAGUGAUCAGGUGAUGCAGAUAUUUAGGGCUUUAACACAGCCGCAGGUCUUGCUCUUCUCAGCGACGGUCUCAAGGGAGGUGGAGAAGGUGGGAAGGUCUCUAGCCAAGGGGGAAAUGAUUUUGGUAUCAAUAGGUAAACCCAACAGACCUAACAAAGCUGUGAAACAAUUGGCUAUCUGGGUUGAUUCAAAGCAAAAGAAACAGAAGCUCUUUGAGAUACUGAAAAGUCAAAACCAUUUCAAGCCCCCAGCUGUGGUUUAUGUGAGUUCGAGAGCUGGAGCAGAUCUGUUGGCUAAUGCAAUAACUGUGGUGACGGGGAUAAAAGCUGUAUCGAUCCAUGGGGAGAAGCCAAUGAGGGAGAGGAGAGAUGUGAUGGGGUCGUUUCUGGGUGGAGAGGUGCCUCUACUUGUAUCAACUGGAGUUCUAGGCAGAGGAGUUGACCUGAUGGUAGUAAGGCAGGUAAUAGUGUUUGACAUGCCUAAUACAAUCAAGGAGUACAUACAUGUGAUUGGCAGGGCGUCUAGGAUGGGAGACGAGGGAAGUGCCAUUUUGUUUGUAAACGAGGAGAGCAGAAAUCUGUUCCCUGAGUUGGUAGUGGCUUUAAAAAGUUGUGGAGCAGCCAUACCUAAGCAACUGACAUCAUCCAGGGAAAUGCAGAGCAACAAGAAGAGGAGGAGGGUUGGAUACUGAAAUAAAAUGUAUGGCCUGGACUCGAAUGUCUCUUGUAGCAAAAGCAAACUUGAGAUACUUAAAGAAUCUAGCGAACAUGAUGGGGAAAAAGGUUUACUUUGUUAAGAAGAUUCA